AUGGAGGCGGGUCACCUCCUGCUUUGGGCGCGGUGCCGAAGGUUUGUAGGCGAUGUGUGUGCUGGCCGUGACGCCACCCAUGGGCUGGCGCACAUGGAGGCUGUCACGGGGAACGCCCUUCUCAUUCUUCACAUGGAACACGGAGCGGCUUCUUGCCCCUCGUUGACAAUCUCGCGAGUUAUUCUUGUCGCCAUGCUUCAUGACGUUGCUGAUCACAAGUACGAUGCGGCAGGCAGGCUCAUCCAGCAGGUUCGAGAGUUUCUAGGGGCAGAAAAGGGGGCAAUAACAGCUGCGGGGAUGGACGGUGAAGAGGCAUUCAGUCACGCUCUCACCACCAUAGAAGCGAUUUCUUUCUCAAAGGAGAAGAAGCAAUGCAUGCGGUGGUUUGAAGCGAAAUUGCCGUCCGACUGGGUUUUUGUUCGAGACGUUGUGAGUGAUGCGGACAAACUUGAGGCCAUUGGCGAAGAGGGUCUGCGGCGGUGCCUCGUGUACACAAUGCACACAUUGUUAAUUAGAGAGGGGCGUCAGGGCUGGGAUGCGGUCCUGCAGCAGCGCUGUCUCCAAGGCGUAAAAGAGCAUUUUGUAGAGAAAUUAAGUCGUCUGUCAAAAGAGUUUAUCGUCACAACUGCUGGCAAGUUUUUGGCUGCCCCAAGACACGCGGCAAUGGAACGGGCGUUGCAAGAAUGGGAGUCUCAAGGUUUACCGUCAUUCUUUUGA